AUGGCAGGUCCUAUCUUUUGUGAUGUUUUCUUUGGUAAACGUCUCUUACUUAGCUAUGUUGAUUUGAAAGUGGUCAUGAACCGUACCAGUGACGAAUUUGUCUUAAUGUCAACGGUGGACGAUGCAGCCUUUAGAGUGAAACUGAUAGAUGCAUACUUUAAAGUUCGUAAAGUCAAAGUGAAUCAUAGUAUAUUUCUGGCUCAUGAGGUUGCCCUGAAAAAAGGUCCAGCCAUUUACCCAGUAAGACGUGUGAACUGUAAAACUUUUAUCAUUCCUUCUCGAAACCCUUCGUUGCAAAAAGAUAACCUUUUCAAUGGUUUAGUACCUAAAUCAUUUGUUUUCGGUCUUGUUGAAAGUGCGUCAUUCAACGGAGCUUAUAAAAAGGACCCAUUCAAUUUCCAACAUUUCAACAUUUUAUCGUUAGGCAUUUCAAUAAAUGGUGAAUCUGUACCAUUUAAACCAAUCAAUUUGUCCUUUGGUGCGAAUCCGAGAUUUAUAGAAGCACUUCUACCGCAGUUUUCUGCCACUGAAAAUGUAUUACGACACAGGCAAUGGCAUUACGCGUGA